CCAAAAAAGGUGUCUUGAAUUUGAAAUUUGGACCUUAUAUCUGGUGCUAUAUAUCAAUGGCCUUCUUUGUUCGAGAUUGAGAGAGAGAGAGAGAGAGAGACAGAGACAGAGACAGAGACAGAGAUGGUGGCCCCUGUUUUUGAUCUUUUGAAGGCUGAACUUCCAUUGCAGGAGGAGUCCUUUUUUAUCUCUCCAAGUAAAAGGACUGGUCUUGUGCUUGUCGACAUUAACAAUGGUUUUUGCACCCCUGGUGCUGGUAAUCUGGCUCCCAGAGAGCCCAAUAAACAAAUUUCAAGAAUGGUGGAUGAGAGUGUAAGGCUAGCAAGGAUUUUUAGUAAGAAGAAGUGGCCCAUGCUGGCUUUUCUCGAUACCCAUCACCCCAAUAAGCCUGAGCUUCCAUAUCCCCCUCACUGUAUAGCUGGAUCAGGAGAAGAAAAUCUGGUUCCAGCCUUGCAAUGGUUGGAGAAGGACCCAAAUGUCACAAUUCAGAGAAAGGAUUGUAUUAAUGGAUUCAUUGGUUGCAUUCAAAAUGAUGGUACUAAUACCUUUGUGGAUUGGGUGAAGGCCAACAUGGUCCAGGCUAUAUUGGUGGUAGGGAUAUGUACAGAUAUAUGUGUUUUCGACUUUGUUGCGGCUACUUUAUCUGCUAGAAACUGUGGCUUGCUGCCCCCUUUGAAAGAUGUUGCUGUGUAUUCUAAUGGAUGUGCAACUUUUGAUUUCCCCUCGAGCAUUGCUCAAUCUAUUAAAGGAUCUAACCCCCAUCCACAGGAAACCAUGCACCAUAUGGGUCUCUACUUUGCCAAGUUAAGGGGAGCCAAGAUUGUGAAGGAAGUCUCGGUUCCAAAUUAAUCUCUAUGAUAAUCAAUAUGUGAAAUAUGUACACUUUUAAGUGUUUAUGAAAUAAUCCCUAAUUCCCUAUGCUAAAGUUAUAUGAGAUAUCUAAAUAUCAUGUAAUAGAGUGCUUCGCAACAAAGAGCUUGCUUUAUGCUUCAAUGAAAUAUGGUUUGUAGCAAAAGAUGGAUGUUCAUAUCAAUGAAAUAAAAGAUGGAUCCUAUAUAGUUUGAUGUAUU